AUGUCUGCCGACGAUGGAUUCAAGCCGAUCCUGCUCGCCCUGCCCUCCCUGGCGCCGGCCCUUGCCCUCGAGGUCCUCCCUCGCGGCCUGACCCUGCACAGGCUCUUCGUCCAGGCAGACGGCAGGACGCACGAUGUUCUGGUCGGGCCCGAGGAUCCGUCCGACCAUGCCAAAAUGCCGUACACCAACUCCGUCAUCGGUCCUUACACCAACCGCAUCCCCACCGGAGCGCACACCCUCACCUCCUCUCGCCAUCCCACCAUUACCAGCGUCAUCACCCCUGCCUCCAACAGCGCCGAGGCCAACCAGAAUGUCUGCCUACACUCCGGUCCCGGCUCCGACCCUUGGGACAAGCGCAUAUGGGAGCCACUCGACCCGUCCCACAGCGCCCUCUUCACCCCAGCCGAGAAGAACACCAUCGCCUCUCUGCCUGCAGCACAGAUAUUCUCCAUCACUAGCAAAGACGGCCAAGGCGGCUUUCCCGGCUCCGUCAGAUCCGAGGUCCUCGUCGGUUUGCUGAGCGCACCUCCUCCACCGAAAACCGACGUCGACCAACUCACGCUCGGGAGCGUCAUACUCGUCUAUCGCGCCAAACUUGUCGAGGGGCAGAACGUCAUUACCCCGAUCAACCUCACCCAGCAUUGGGGCUUCAACCUCGAGGCCUCCCUUCGCCCCGACGGCGAGCCCCGGUCCGUCAGGCCCGAACCCGACGUCAAGGGCCACUUGCUGAAGAUCAAGUCCGAUGCCACGAUUGCCCUCGACAAGAACUACAACUCGGCCGGGUCGCUCGCCCCCGCCAAAGGCACCUACCACGACCACUCCACCGGCAAACUUAUAGGCGACGGCUGGCCAGACGUCGACACCGGGAAGGGCGUCGGCUACGACGAGUUCUACGCCUUCUCCGCCCCGCUCGUGCCGCCGCAGGUGAUCGUCCCCGCUUCGCAGCUCACGGACGACGUGGAUCUGCUCAAGGCCGUCGUCGAGAGCGGCACGACGACGACGCAGACGGACGAGCCCGUCGUCGAGCUCUCGAGCGACAAGAGCGGGCUCAAGCUCUCGUUCUUCACCAACCAAUCCGGCGUGCAAUUCUACACCGCCAACUCUUACGACCGCUCCAACGCGCGAAAGAAGAUCCACGGCGGUACGGGCAAGUUUGGCACGGGCGAGGGCUAUGGCGUCGGCGGCGCCGCAUUCCUCGAAUUCCACGAGCCACUCGCAGCGUGGUUAAACCCGGACACGGUACGCAACGGAAACGACACCCUCCUCGGUCCCGGAGAACUGUACAACAACUGGGUCCGUCUGGAUGUUUCGUAUAAACGACCCGAUGCGUAG